UGGAGCAUAUAAUCCUUUAGGGAGUUUAGGGAAAAAUGACAUAAUUGAGGGACAUCUACAUUUGGGAAGACACGACUGCCCCGGGAAGUAAUGCGUAAAGUUGAAUUAUAGAUUGAGUUCGGAACUUCUUGCGAUUUUAAAUUUAUAAGUAAAUAUGGCACCGGUAUUCAGUAAAGUUGCUGCUCGUAAUUCAGCUGUGAUAGCUGCAUCAGUAGGCGUAGUAUAUUGGAUAGCAACUGUACGACUUGGCAGAGGAAGGCGAAAAGCUGAAGUUGAUGAAGUGGCAUGUGCAUAUGCCCAGAAAGAAGAAAAGAAAGAAAGAGUGCAAGUGGACAUGAAGUUUUUUAGACAACUACGGGAAGUCCUGAAGAUAAUAAUGCCUGGUGUCUUCACGGUAGAGUUUGCAUAUGUUGCCAUGAUUGCUGGUACUUUGGUUGGCCGAACAUUGUGUGAUAUAUGGAUGAUACACAAUGGAACCAUUAUUGAAAGGGCCAUAAUUACACAAGACAUUUCUUUGUUUCGAAAAAGUUUAGAAGCUUUUAUUUUUGCUAUGCCUUUGUUAUCCCUUGUUAACAAUGCCAUGAAGUUUGGUUUGAAUGAGCUGAAACUAUUGUUUAGGUCACGGCUGACUAAACAUCUCUAUGAUAAAUACCUCAGUGGAAUAAUAUACUACAAAAUGAGUAAUAUUGAUAAUCGGAUAGCUAAUCCUGAUCAGCUUCUUACUCAAGAUGUGGAUAAAUUUUGUGGUUCAGUAACAGAUUUGUAUUCGAACAUAAGCAAACCUUUGCUAGAUAUUAUAAUAUUUGUACAACGCCUUGCAGCUGAUGUAGGAAUUGAGGGGCCAUCAUUGAUGAUGACAUAUUUAUUAUUUGCUGGUCUUCUUUUAACUAGGUUACGGAGACCAACUGGUAAAAUGACAAUGACUGAACAAAAAUUGGAAGGUGAAUUGCGAUAUGUUAAUUCUCGGUUAAUAACUAACAGUGAAGAAAUAGCCUUCUACCAAGGUCAUGGAAGGGAGAAAGUUACUAUGCUGCAUGCUUUCCAGAGGCUGGUAAGCCAUUUGAGAAUGUCUCAGCAUUUUAACUUUGCUAUGGGAUACAUAGAUAAUAUUAUAGCAAGAUAUUGGGCUACUGUUGUUGGUUAUCUGCUUAUCAGUCGGCCAUUUAUUGGAACGAAAAAGGAUGGCUUAUCUCACAGUGAACGUUUAGAGAGCUAUUACAAAAGUGGGCGGAUGUUUGUGAAGCUGGCUGAGGCUAUUGGACGUUUAGUUCUUGCUGGGCGAGAACUGACGAGGCUUGCUGGUUUUACAGCUCGCAUCUCACAACUCAUUAAAGUUCUUAAAGAUUUGAAUUCUGGGUCUUAUGUAAGAACCAUGGUAGGCGAAAGCUCAAAAAGUGUUCAACUAUUAAAUCCACCUACAAAAGCAAAACUUGUUCCUGGUGCUGGCAGUAUUGUAUUUAAAGAUAAUAUAAUUAAGUUUGAUAAGGUGCCACUGGUGACGCCGAAUGGUGAUGUUUUAAUUGAAGAAUUAUCUUUUGAGGUCAAAUCGGGUAUGAAUGUUUUAGUUCAUGGACCUAAUGGCUGUGGAAAAAGUUCAUUGUUCCGUGUUCUUGGUGAGCUCUGGCCGUUAUUUGGUGGAACUUUGACAAAACCAGUAAAGACAAAACUUUUUUAUAUACCUCAGAGACCAUAUAUGACUCUUGGAACAUUUAGAGAUCAGAUUAUUUACCCUGACAGUCAUGAAGACAUGAAACGUAAAGGAGUUACUGAUUAUGAUUUAGAAUAUUUUCUUGAGAUGGUUCAACUAACGUAUCUUUUGGAACGAGAAGGAGACUGGAACUCCAUAAGGGAUUGGAUGGAUUUACUUAGUGGAGGAGAAAAGCAACGUAUUGCUAUGGCAAGAUUAUUCUAUCAUCGCCCUCAGUUUGCAAUUUUAGAUGAAUGUACGAGUGCAGUGAGUGUUGAUGUUGAAGGAUCAAUGUAUCAGUAUUGUCGUGAGAUGGGUAUAACUUUAUUCACAGUUUCACAUAGAAAGUCUCUGUGGCAACACCAUGAAUAUACCUUGUACAUGGAUGGCCGAGGUACAUAUAAAUUUAAACCAAUUGAAGAAACUACUGAAAUUUUGGGAUCCUGAACAAUGUAGAAUUUUUUAUAAAACAAAAUUAUUAAUUUCUAAAGUAUCUGUGGUUGUGGCC